GAGGAUUUUUAGUUAAAAAAAUUUCUUAAAUGAUUUUUAAAAUGCGGCCACUGUUACCGAAGAGACCGAUAUUAAGUCGCACUUAAAUUUCGUGUUCGAGUUGUUCGCCAAGCAUAUGUUUAAUUUGAUAACCGAAGAAAAGCGAGACGCAAGAUCUGAGAACAUCCGGUUUAUUAAAAAGAAAACAGUGGGGGGGCUGCGGGGAGAUCCCGGUGGCCUCGAACAGUAACUGGCUUCGCUCUCUGCAGGAACUUAAGAUAGGCUCGCAGAAGAAGGGGCUGAGGGACCCUACACCACUAGCCCAAUAAAGGGUAUAACUGAAGAUCUGGAAGCCCGAUCUUCAACCCCAGAGAAUGACGCCCAAGAGCACAGCGCCCGCAGAGCAUGCCGGGACUUGUAGUCGGAGACACUCCGCGGCUCCCGGGUGCCUCCAGUGGAGGUCGGGCCGCGGCCCCCACCUGCCCACCUGGGACCGCAGCUCGACCCCUUAACCCCCUCCUCCCGCACAGACUGCGUCCCUGCCAGAAGAGGCUGGUUCCACCUUUUUUCAAGCCUCGUAGUUUCCUAGAGCAACGAGAAGGGGGAGGGAGACCUCGCAGUUACCCUGGAGACGCGCUCCCGCCCGCCCCUAGCCGCGGGAUGCCCUAGAUGUCCUUAUUAGGACAAGAGACAUGGGGAGGCGGGGCGAACCCGAACGCCGGCUGGAGGCUCCUUAUAAGGCAGCGUCGGGCGGGAGUCGCCGCUCCCGCCGCCCGGGGGUGCAGGACCGCGGCGGGGCGGAGUCUGGAGGGGCGGACCUGGCGCCUCGAAGCCCGCCUACCCCCCCCACCCCUCGGCUCCUUUCUAAGGCCCCUGACAGCCCCUCCGCCGCUUCCUACAUGUCUCCCCCUCCGUGAGACCCUCAUUCCCAGGUCCUCUGUUCGUGUCUCUCAGCCUGGAAUCCAUUUGUAUGAUCGUCCUCUUGAGCCUCCCGAGGCUCCUCCAGCUCCAAUGAGUCUCAAAACCCGGGAUUCUUACACUCAGUAGCACCCUCACAUCUAACCGCGUGCCCCCCUCCGUCCCCCGGUACAACCCGCCAGGACGCCCGGCAUCUGCUCCUUUUCCCCGCGCCCCCGACCCUGCCCGCGGGCCCCUCCUCCCAGCGCCGAGCUUCCCGCUGCUCCUCGACGCCGCGCUCCCGCCCGGCUUGGCAGCCGGCUGGGCAGCACCGCUUCCUCCGAGGGGCCCGCAGCUCCUCCUGCGCUCCUCUCGGGCCCUCGCUGGCUGGCCCCCUUCCUAGCUGUCCCUCCUGCAAACACACCUGCACCGAUGCGUCCCCCAGCCCCACCUGUCGGGCUCUUCUCCCACCCAGCGCCCGCCGCCAGCGGGGCGAGAGCGCGGAACACCCACAGCCUCGGGUGCCCGGGCCGAGCGCCGGCCCCGCCGGUCCUCCAGGACAGCGGGGGCGCUGUGGGCCCUCUCGCGGCGCCACGGGGACCCGCUCUCGGAAUCUGGCACGGGGCAAGGUUCGGGGUGCUGGAGGCGAGAGUCCGAAGGCUGAUCCUAAACGGGGGUGGGAGGGGCCGAGCGGGCCGCGGCGCUCCCGCCCGACACCUGCCGCUUGGAGGGAGGCUCCGCGCUAGAGACCCCGCGGGGCCACGUGACCGGAGGUCCCGCCCCCGCCCCGCCCGAGCCGGGUGUUCGAGUCCCGGGGCCGCCCCACGGCCGCGGGAGACGGCGCCAAGGGACCCGCCCCGCGGCUCAUGGCGGCGCCGGUCCGCCUGGGCCGGAAGCGCCCGCUGCCGGUUUGCCCCAACCCGCUCUUCGUCCGCUGGCUGACCGAGUGGCGGGACGAGGCCGCCAGCAGGGGGCAGCGCACGCGCUUCGUGUUUCAGAAGGCGCUGCGCUCCCUGCGGCGGUACCCCCUGCCCCUGCGCAGCGGCAAGGAGGCCAAGAUCCUCCAGCACUUCGGAGAUGGGCUCUGCCGCAUGCUGGACCGGCGGCUGCAGCAGCACCGGGCGUCGGGCGGUGACCGCGCCUCGGCCUCACCGUCUGGAGCCCCGAGCCCCUCCGGGGAAGGGCCAGCUGCAGAGGCGCAAACCCAGGCAAUGACCGAGGCCACAGCCCGGGGCCGCGGCAGCUACUGGCCAGCCCGGCACUUGGGGGCUCGGGCCCUGCUGCUCUUGCUCUUCCGGGAGCACCUGAACCUGGAUGGCCAGGGCUUCCUCACCAAGGAGGAGCUGCUGCAGAGGUGUGCCCAGACGGCGCCACAGGCGCCCCCUGGAAAUGCCCGAGCCUGGCCAGCCCUCCGGACCCUGCUCAGCAGAAACCUCAUUCUCAGGACCCACCAGCCGGCCAGGUACUCACUGACCCCGGAGGGCCUGGCACUGGCCCAGAAGCUGGCCGCAGCGGAGGGCCAGGGCUCAGUGGAUGUGGGCCCUGGGUCAGAGGAACCCCCCAGGGAGGACCCCCAAGAACCAGGAGAGGCCUCAGCUGAGUGCGGAGCCAGUGGAGGGAGCAGGCAGCUGGCCACGCUGGAGCUGAAGCCUGGCGAGUACCGGGUGCUCCUGUGUGUAGACACUGGGGAGGCUAAGGGUGCAGGGCACCGGGCCGAGCUGCUCCGGGAGCUGCAGCGGCUGCGCGUGGCACACUCGGUGCGCAGACUCCACGUCGGGGACUUCGUGUGGGUGGCCCAGGAGACGCAGCCCCAGGACCCCGCAAACCCCCGGGAGCUGGUCCUGGACCACGUGGUGGAGCGCAAGCGCACGGACGACCUGUGCAGCAGCAUCAUCGACGGCCGCUUCCGGGAGCAGAAGUUCCGGCUGAAGCGCUGCGGCCUGGGGCGUCGGGUGUACCUGGUGGAGGCCUUUGGCUCCAUGCAGAACCUCAGCCUUCCCGAGAGCACGCUGCUGCAGGCCAUCACCAACACCCAGGUCAUCGAUGGCUUCUUUGUGAAGCGCACAGCAGACAUCAAGGAGACCGCGGCCUACCUCGCCCUCCUGACCCGCGGCCUGCAGAGGCUGCACGAGGCCCAGUCUGUUCGAGAGGUGUUUGCCCGGCAGCUGAUGCAAGUGCGGGGAGUGAGCGGGGAGAAGGCGGCCGCGCUGGUGGAUCGCUACAGCACCCCUGCCAGCCUCCUGGCUGCCUAUGACGCCUGCGCCACCCCCAAGGAACAGGAGAUGCUACUGAGCACCAUCAAGUGUGGACGGCUGCAGAGGAACCUGGGCCCCGUGCUCAGCAGGACCUUGGCGCAGCUGUACUGCAGCAGAGACGCCCUGACCUGAGCCACACGGCACCCCUGCCCCCACCGCCCCAACCCGGGGCCUGCUGUGUUACAGAGGGACUCCAGUAUCCAGGCCAGGGGGAGCCCUGGCAGAGCAGAGACUGCUCGGGGGGUGAUGGGGGGGGGCCCUGCAGCUCGGAAGCUACUCUGGGUUCUGAGGGUUCUGGGUCACAUCAAGGCUGCGUUGCCCCGGUCUGGUGCUGGCAAGAGAGCCAUGGA